AUGGCCACCACAUCCUCGGUAAACAGCCCCCAACCGGCACCCUGGAAGCAAGCCUUCCUCGCCGACCUCGACAAGAUGGACUCUCCCGAAUUCGUCUUUUCCUCCCUCACACCCGCUCCCAAGAACUCUCCUACACCCUACCUUCCCCGCGCACGCUACUGCAUCUUUCGCGGUUUCUGGGCCGAGCUGCCCGAGAACAAGCACAACAAUGCUCCCAUGAACCCUCGUGUCUUUGAGUCCGAGAUGCCUACUUUUACCUCUGACGCCAGGAUGUUCAAGGUUGCUCAGCUGUUUGCAUCAGGAAGCGGACAUGCCGAGAAGGAGGAGCAGAUGCAGGGAAGUGGUGGUGGUGGUCCUUGCGAGGCCGUCUACUGGAUCAAGGAGACUGGCACACAGUGGAGAUUGAAGGGCGAGGCUUUCGUCGUCGGUCCUGACAUCGAGGGUGACAGUGAGCAGAGCAAGGAGAGCAGUGGAGUCAGAACAGUCAAGAGCGAGUUGGGCAGCCGCAUGAGAAUUGUGGACGAGGGCAAGCAAGGAGACUGGUCGUGGAACAAGGAGCUCACUGGCCACUUUGGCAACAACUCGCCUGGACUGAGAGGUUCCUUCAAGGCACCCCCACCCGGCCGUCUCACCUCCGAGCCCUACGACGACAAGAAUCUCGAACUCGGCUCAAAGGUCGAGCAUCUCGAUGACCCUGUUGCAAGAAAGAACUUCAGAGUCGUCGUCAUCAAGCCCGAGGAGGUUGAGCAGCUCAACAUCAGCGACCCUACCAAGGCUCGCAGACACACCUACAUCUACCAAGCUGACGGUACCUGGAAGCACGAGGAGCGCUGGCCUUGA